GGUUUUUUUUUCCAGUAGAUCCAUUCGAAGCAGUCGUUCCCAAAUUAUGGAUCCCCGUCGUCGUACACUGGCAUCGGUCGAUCCUCUUGGUGGAUCGAAUGUUCCUCUCCCUUCGUCAGCCCUCAAGAGACCGCAGGCUCGAUUGGCAAGCUCGGUCAGGAAAGGUGGUGGUGCCAGCAGAUUCUCGCUGGCCCCUCAACGCUUGUCAUCCCACUCCGGUGCAAGAAAGUCGAGGGUUGCGACUGGCUCAAAUUUUCAGUUUUCACAACAUGUCGAUGCCUAUUUCCAACCUUCUUCAGCUACUGGCUUCUCGAAUUCUCAACUUCAAGAUGCUGCUAGACGCUCGUCGGUCUACCAGGCCCCACAUACGGUCAAUCGACAAGCUACCAGUGGCUCUAAUUUCCCCGCGGCUAGCCGAGGCUCCAUGUCGGUGAAUAAAAACGAGCAUGCCCACUACCGAUCAAGUAGCGCCAACGAUGUCCCUCCUGCCGGCCUGCUCAAUUCGCAUUCCACGCCUUUUGCUAACCCAGCUUCCUCCGUCGGGCCAUUCCGAGUAGCUCACCACGGCACCUCUUCCCUCCUCCCGCCCUUUCAGACCUACAAAGACCCUCGUACACGCGACAGAAAGACGAUCGCUUCUUGGCAACAUCAAGUUUACGAGCUUCUUCUAGAGCGUGGCUAUUCCGAACUAUUGACAAUCAAGACCCUUCAGACCACCACAACCAAAGACUUCUAA